GUUGUCGUCAGAAGAAGCAUCCAAAAAAGCGCUGUCACAAUUUUGUUGGUCAUCUUUAUUCGCCGAACAACUUUAUAUCCCUUUUAAUAAUUUUCUGCAAAGCAAACUAAAUAGUUUAACUAAAAGCCUUUAAGAUGAAUAUGGAAUUAGUACGAGAUGUGCCCAAAGGUGGCUUCAACUUUGACAACUGCAAGCGAAAUGAAAUGCUGCUCAAUUCUGGUUUCCAGCAGCCAAAGACUGUAAAAACAGGUACGACUAUUGCGGGAAUUAUCUUCAAAGAUGGUGUAAUAUUAGGAGCGGAUACCCGUGCCACCGAGGGUCCAAUUGUUUCGGACAAAAAUUGUUCGAAAAUUCAUUACCUCGCUAAAAAUAUGUACUGUUGUGGUGCUGGAACCGCUGCCGAUACUGAAAUGACUACCGAUUUGAUUGCAUCACAAUUGGAAAUGCAUCGUUUGAACACCGGCCGUCAGGUGCCUGUCGUAGCAGCCAAUACACUACUUAAACAAUUUCUAUUCCGCUAUCAGGGACACAUUAGCGCUGCUUUAGUUCUUGGCGGUGUCGAUAAGACCGGUUCAUAUAUUUAUUGCAUACAUCCUCAUGGCUCCACAGACAAGCUGCCUUAUGCCACUAUGGGUUCUGGCAGUUUGGCUGCAAUGUCUGUUUUUGAAUCGCGCUGGAAACCCGACAUGACUGAAGAAGAAGGCAAAUUGUUGGUACGCGAUGCUAUUGCGGCGGGUGUGUUUAAUGACUUAGGUUCCGGGUCCAACAUCGAUUUAUGUGUUAUACGCAAAGAUUCGGUAGAUUACUUGCGCAAUUAUGAGUUGGCCAAUCUGAAGGGAACACGACAUGGAAACUACCGCUUCAAGCCAGGUACCACAGAGCUAAUAGGCAAAGAGGAGGUAUUCCCUGUUAUACCCUUUGAAGCUUUCCACAAAAAGUUGUCAAAUGGCGAAACAACUGAAGCAAUGGAAAUAUGAGUAUACAUACGGAAGCAUACGAAUAUAAGUUAAUAUUUGGUUUCUUGAAAAUAAAUAGUUUUUAAAGAAUUGUCUUAUACAAAUA